AUGACCAAUGAACAGCGCUUCUCUGGCUCAAAAUAUCGCGGCGCCUUCAUGUGGCCGUUCAUCAAUCAGGAGGACUUGGUAAAACCAAGGACGCUGCUGUUGUUCAUGAACGCUCGCGCAAGAUCUCCACCUGCUGAGUUCGCCGCUGCUGAUGGCGAAGCCAUGCACAUUGGCAUCACAUCCGAUGCCGUUGUUUCUUCUUUCCUCAACGAACACACUGUUAUGUUCACAGGGUGUGACAACCCGGAGACAUACGGCGCCAUCAUCAGUUGGUGGGAUCAUCCCGAUGCAUUCGACUGGCUGAUGAGUAGGAGUGGCUCGAGCCCUGGAGAAGCGCUCCUGAUUCUUGAAUCUCAGAUGAAGACCAUGCGCUUCCUGGUAACAUGCGCAAAGCAAAUAUUGCACGACAUACCGGAGGAUAAUCUGUUAGAUGGUGACGUAUUGCCAGCGCCGCCCUCGGUGUCCGAGGCUGAAUCUGGCUUGGGAUCACUGUCAAUCAUGGCAGCAGAAGCGCCGUWCAGGCCGCCUGCGAAGCUCGACUUUGCCCAUAWCGAAUCACUGCUCGCGGCCCGACGCGACGCCGUCAAGGAUAAGAUCUGGAUGAUGAGAGAGGACCCGGCUUACUUUUCCGACAUCAUGUGGGACGCUCGGGAGCAUCGACUGGAGAUGAUUAAUGACACCCGUGGAGGACCUCAUCCCCUGUUUCCUGCUCAUCGUGAAGAUGUCCUUUGGGCUCGUGUUGUGUAUAACGAGAUUGCAUCUCCCUACAUGCAGCUCGAGAUGUACACUGAGCUCCAUCGGCAAUCCGAGCAGCUCAAGGCUAUGCAGAAGCAGUAUUCAGAAAGCAUCUCGCCCGAAAAAGACUUGCCAGUGCCAUACAUGGACGCCAUCUUGAAGUUCAGGCACUACUUGGAUCAGACUUCAAAGGAUCCCAUUGAGGUCCUCAAACACGCAUUUGUAGCCUCGCCUCCAAUGCGUGCUUUCUUUGCCCGGAUCCCAGAAGAUGACCCCAAUCAAACGAAAAUCCGCGCUCAGUCCAAAGUGGACGUCAAAAUGAGCAAGGUUCAACAGCAGCUUAUUUGGCUUGUUAGUACAAUCUGGGAAGAUGGCCGGAACUUAUUCCUCCUUCGCCUCACAAACGUGGUCGAUGAGCUUCAACGUCUCGUUGAGUCAGAUCCAAAGAUCAAAGCAUUGAUAACGUCGAACAUUGCGGCCUUGAUCUCGGAUCUUUCUAUUAUCUGCGAGUGCAUUCGUCAGCUGGAUGUCUUUCAGCCUUGGGCCAAUACUUACGAGCACCUCAUGGUUCAUCGGCAAGACGACAUUAAAGCGGAGUUUGCAAAGACAAAUGAACCUACGGCUAGGAUAUUAAGCUCAUUAGGAAGCCUCAAUCCCGUCUAUUCCAGCUAUGGGGCACCGACCGAAGGGCGGUUCUUCUACCCGGUCGACAAACGCAAGACGAGAGAAACCACCGAAGCAAUGAGACGUGCUGAAGCCAAUCUUGACCUCUUCUGGUCGAAAGUGGACGAGAAGAUGCGCAGCUCUGCGGGAGAUUUGAGAAAAACCGCCCUUCACGAUCUAUUGUCCGAGCCGCGUGACCUACACAGGACUCUCGAAUGGACGGAACCUGUUCGUAAGACCGCAGAAGUCCCGGCAUUGUCGACGAAGAUAGACCUGCGACCGCUGUCAGAGGUCCUCUUCAGCCUGGAGCACCGAAGCAAGUCAGUGAACUCCCCUGGAACAGCUGUGAGAACACCUAAAGUCAAGCAAAAGACCCGCGGACUUGCAGCACAGAGUUCUAGUCCAGAGCACGGCGAAGAGAUCACCACAGAGGACGUCCAGCCAGAGUUUGCAGUCGAUGACCGAGCUCUCAAAGUGUUUAGGACGAUCUUCUGGACACCAUCUACGAAUUCUACCCCUGGCGAGGUUCCUUGGAAUGACUUCCUCCAUGCGAUGGUAGCCACGGGUUUCCGGCCACGAAAGUUGUACGGUUCCGUUUGGCAUUUCAGCCCUUCUGGGCUGGACUUUGAGAGAAGCAUUCAUUUCCAUGAGCCACAUCCCGGUGGUAAAAUACCAUAUAGGGUUUGUCGUACGCUUGGUCGACGAUUGAACAGAGCAUAUGGGUGGUUCGGCAAAAUGUUCCGCUUAGCGGAGAAGUCGCCAGCUGUCGCGGCGUAG